AUGGAUCAGUCCUCGGUGGAGGCCACAAUAUCAUCGUCCUCGCUGUCCACGUGCUCCAACGCCCUGACGCAACUCGCGGACGCCUCGCACAGCAGCGAUAUGGAGUGCAUCGAGGAGAACGUGAUUAUAGACGAAAUAACGGAAGUGGCCCCAACGUCCGUCACGCUGCGCUACUGCAAACGCAAGUUUCUGCGCCCGUAUGUAAUAAUUCUGGCUAUGGCCGGUCUCCGACCGAGUUCCAUGGAUCUGGAGCUCCUGGGACGCUGGUUGGGACACCUGCAGACCAUUCUGAUCUUGCUUCUGCUCACGCUCGGCUACAUACUGCAGUUUAUGUUCGGGUUCAGGCGUGACUAUGGGUUCCCGGUGGUGGGCGAGUUGAACCCAGCAUCUCCGUCGACCACAACCAGCAGCAUUGCUAUGCUGUCGUGGCCACCACGGAUCUCGGAAGGACCACCGCGUAAUACGACCAGUUCAGAGGCAGAUCGAACCGAAACGGUGGCUUCCGGUGAAACCAUCUUCAUCUAUCUGGUUCCGGCCCUGCUGCACCUGAACGGGUAUCUGUUGGCAGUCUUCAUUUAUCGAUUCGCCGACAACGAACAGCUGCAGAGUCUCGUCGAACGGGUAUUUAUUCUCAGCAAUAACCCUCGGCGCGCGGUGCUAACACUUUGGGUGUACUUUGCGCUGGGCCUUGGGUGGCUGGGCGCCUCCAUCGUUUACGUGACGAUGCUCUCGGGUGACGGGGCCGCCGGUUACGCGCGGUUCAAUUCCUUCCGCUGGCCCCUGAGGUUCGGGUGGACACACACUGCCGAGCUGCUGAAAACGUUUCUCACCGUUACGAUAUUUUUCCACGAUCUCGUGCAAAUGGUGGUGAUCGUAAGCUACAGCCUGAUAUGCUAUCUGCUGCGCUGCUAUUUGAAGGCCCUUAAAGAGAAGCUGCUUCUUCAUACGAUUGAACCGCUCAACUGGAUGAGGGAGAUCUGCGAGUUCCGGAAGCUACUACACCAUCUGAACACGCGGAUUUCGCUUCCGGUCGCCAGCCUCACGGUGCUGAAUCUCAGCUACGCCGUGUCGAGCGUUGUCCAUCUGUUUCGCGAUAUGACGGCGUGCCCGAUUAACAUAUUCACCGCCAGCCUCACCAACAUCGUGCUCUGGCUGCUCAUCGCACUGUUGCCGUUCUUUCAGGCCGCCAGCUUAACUGUCACCUGCCGCCAAACGCAAUCCUGUGGCCAUCUGAUAAGCAUCCGCCCGUUCGUGCACCGCAACACGUCGUCCGAGGAUCUGAACACGGUCCUGCUGUACGCUUCGUCGCUGAAGAUGGCGGCCAAAUUGUUCCGGAUGCCCAUCCGCGCCCACUACCUGUGCUUUUUCGUGCUCGUCUGCAUCCUCACCGUCCUGACGUUCGGAAUGUGUCUCAACAUUUCGUCCGGUUGGCGCUAA